AGUCGGCGUUGAGAAAGCAGCGCACGUUGUUUCGGGAGUGGCAGCGAUGCAGGCUCGCUACUCCGUGUCCAGCCCCAACUCCCUGGGAGUUGUGCCUUACAUCGGCGACCAGAAUUACUACCGAGCCGGACCCGGUUACGCGGGGAUCCCGCCCCCGAUGACCAUGUACUCGCACCCGGCGCACGAACAGUACGCCGCCAACAUGGCCAGAUCCUACGGCCACUACGCGCCCCAGCCCCAGCCGAAGGACAUGGUGAAGCCCCCUUACAGCUACAUCGCCCUCAUCACGAUGGCCAUCCAGAACGCCCCGGACAAGAAGAUCACCCUCAACGGGAUCUACCAGUUUAUCAUGGAGAGGUUCCCGUUCUACCGGGAGAACAAGCAGGGCUGGCAGAACAGCAUCCGCCACAACCUGUCCCUCAACGAGUGCUUCGUCAAGGUGCCCCGGGACGACAAGAAACCGGGCAAAGGCAGCUACUGGACCCUGGAUCCCGACUCCUACAACAUGUUCGAGAACGGCAGCUUCCUGAGGAGGAGGAGGCGCUUCAAGAAGAAGGACGCCAUCCGGGAGAAGGAGGAGAGGGAACGGCAGCCCAAGGACUCCCAGCCCAGGCAGCAGGCGCCCGACGCCGGGAAAAGCAGCCCCUCGCAGCCCAUGAGGAUCCGGGAGAUCAAGACGGAGAACGGCUCGUCCUCGCCCCCCCCCGGGCCCGCCUCCCCCUCCCUGAACAUGGUGCCCAAGAUCGAGAGCCCGGACACCAGCAGCAUGUCCAGCGCCAGCCCUCACAGCAUCCCAUCCAACAGGUCCAUGAGCCUGGACAACCCAGAGCAGCAGCAGCAGCAGCACCAGCACCAGCAGCACCAGCAGCAGCACCAGCAGCACCAGCACCAGGCCGCUGCUCAGGGCUUCACCGUGGAUAACAUCAUCACGUCUCUGAGGGGGUCGCCCCACGGCAACAGUGACCUCGGCGCCAGCCUGGCCGCCGCCUCCUCCAGGACAGGCAUCGCUCCUGCCCUGCCGCACGGUUACCCUUCCAGUCAGCCGUCCAUGUACAACCCACCCUGCGGGGGCCAGAACAUGACCUCCAGCGGCGGCGGCGGCGGAGGAGGAGGAGGAGGAGGCGGAGGAGUAGGAGGAGGAGGCGGCGGCGGCAGCAGCAGCAACGCGGGGACUUACCACUGCAACAUGCAGGCGAUGAGCCUCUACGCCGGGGACAGGGCGCCCCACAUGCCGACCACCAGCGGCGCAGCGGACGAGACUUUACCAGAUUACGCCAUCCCCACCGCCGCCGCCGCCGCCGCCACCGCCGCCGCCGCCGCCCCGUCCUUAACUCACAGCCUGAGCAACGGCCAGGAAGGAGCCGGGGGGGGUCGGAUGGCCUACUGGUACCUGAACCAGACCGGCGACCUGGGUCACUACGCGGGGCAGCAGCAGAACUUCCACUCGGUGCGAGAGACGUUUGAGUCGCAGAGGAUCGGCCUCGGCCACUCGGCCGUCAGUUCUGCACAUGUCAAUGGGAAUAGCAGCUGCCAAAUGUCCUUUGCCUCGGCUCAGCCACUUUACCGCACCUCAGAAUGCUUUAAAGACACACUGUGUAGGUUGGAUUUCACACACGAAGAUCGGUGGCUGGAGUGGUUUGGUCGGCCGCUAGUUCCAGACUUGCAUCUGCAGCAGAAAUGCUCUUCAGAUGCUCUAUUAACCUGAUUUCCUUUAGGAAGCAUCGUCAGUGCCCGUGGAGAGACGGCAAGAGAGCGGUGUGAGAAUGAGAGGUUACCAAGGAAUGAAACUUCACUGUAACACCUGGGCAGACUGAAUACAUUAAAGAGACAAUUCCUUUUGAAAUCGCAGUCUGCACUUAAUAACUGGUCUACCCAGACAAGUAUUAUUUCAGCGCCCCGGAUACCUUCUUAUAAACAUUUGCAGCACUAAUAAAAUGUCUUCAAA